GUGGUGGUUUUAUAGUUGCACUUGUAGUUCUUGCUGUCUUGUCUGCUGUCCGGUCCGUCUUCUUCUGUUGGCCCUUGCUAGUCCUGUGAGGUUUCUUCUAGCUUCUUGCAACGAUUCAACCGUGGAGCCAGGAUGACACCACUCGGGGUAUUGCUUUCGUUCGCUGUGUUCGUGGCUGUCUCUACAGCUCCUGUACCUCAAGAGGCUGCUUUUGGUUCUGGAAAGCAAAGUGGCCCAAGGAUGCUACCGGUAGAUCAAGGUGGCCUACUAGAAGACGAUGAGGAUUAUUCUCGCCUGAAGCCACGUGUUGGCAUUAAACGACCUCAUAAUUUGCCAUCCCAAAUGCACUCUGGACAGCAACCAUUGGAAGCGCAGACAGAAUUUCGUCAAGGACAGCACAAGCAUACCCAUAUCAGGCCUGAUACUGCCGCUCACCUCAAGCCAAGCAUUGAUAGGAGAGCAAUUCAUGCUCAACCGGUCAUAUCCUCGGGCGAUUCUCCAUUUCCGGAAGGUGCCUUUGAGCAAGGUGAACAGAAGAGACCCAAUGGCAAAACUGACGCUGAGGCUGGCAGUGCAGCGUGCCGAGAACGAAGAGGAUCGUCGUGUGACCAGACCGAUGAUGCUCACCUCAAGCCAAGCAUUGAUAGGAGAGCAAUUCAUGCUCAACCAGUCAUAUCCUCGGGCGAUUCUCCAUUUCCGGAAGGUGCCUUUGAGCAAGAUGAACAGAAGGGACCCAAUGGCAAAGCUGAUGCUGAGGCUGGCAGUGCGGCGAGCCGAGAACGAAGAGGAUCGCCGUGUGACCAGACCGAUGAUGAUGAAGGAUCUGGCUGUGAUCCAUACCAGGAGCCAACUGUCCUUGCUGCUGGACAAGAGCACCCAAACAAGUUAUCAGACGGGGCCAUCAUAUUUCUGUGUGCCGUUUCGUUUGCCCUGUUGAUCGGCAUUGUUGUGGCCCUCUACCAGUAUCGCAGGACAAGAAGCGGCAAAGGGGUAGUUGUAUUGCCGCAUGUCUCAAGCACCAUGAGCAAUUACGCUGAGAUCACAGAUUAUCAGCAGCCGCUGGCCCCGCAGCAAGCCUCGCCAAGCGAUCCGAGUGACCUGUCGAGCGGCCGUCCAUCACCCCCAGGCCUGGCCCAUGCAUCGCACAGCAACGUCGUGUCGUGGGAAGAGGAGGGCAGUAGGGUUGCUGGCUACCCGACCCUGGAGCACUCUAGGAGAUAUGUGCGACACCCAGGCCAGGAGGAUGCCUGCACCGUGCCCAACCCACUCAAUACAGUGGCAGGAUGGGAGACAAGCAAGGAAUUGCUGGACAAGUUGGACGGCACGAUGCCCAGUGGGAAGGCAGUGAUGCGUGCACCGCCGGCCUACACUCCCGCUGAUCUCUCGCCCAUUGUGGAAUCAGAGAAUUGCUGCGUCGAGUUCUUCCCACAGAACUCCACCGAGUGCAUUACACAAAUCGAUGAGUAGAUCGUCCUGCAGCGCAGAUGUGCAAUGUGUAAUCUCUCUUCGUUUACUUCUUGAUUUCCCAUCGUUUCCUGUUUCAGUGUAUACUCUCUAGUAUCGGCAAUGUCUCUGAUACCUUUCUAUCGUUCACAUUUCGCACUUCGUCAGAAUGCAUGUAAGUCGAGGCAGAAUGCAUGUAAGUCGAGGCAGAAUGCAUGUAAGUCGAGGCAGAAUGCAUGUAAGUCGAGGCAGAAUGCAUGUAAGUCGAGGCAACACGUGGCUAUUCACAAUAGUUUACUCUUUCCACAUUAUUCUUUUUUUCAGUUUCAGAGUGCCUAGCUGUAUAGAACGCAGAGUGCCUAGCUGUAUAGAACGCAGAGGUCCGUUUCGGUCUGCAUCCAUCCAAUGUCUGCAACGUGCAGUGUGUUCCUCUCUCAAGCUUGUGACCGCCUUCCACCCAAUCACAGUAGUACUGACUACUGGUGUUAGUUUUCUGCAUGCAUGUGAGCAGCCAUUUUAUACUCUUCAGUUUCACCUUUAUUAGCCGCUUGAAUACUUGAUGCGUCCUUUUUUACUUUUUGUUUCUACGCUGCACUCCACUUUGUGUGUUGCACAUCCACCUCAUAGAUUUGA